AAACACAGUUAAAACAGCUCAGAUAUGGGAAGAGAAACUUACACAAUGGUCACAUACGAAAAGAAAGAAAUGUUCUACUUUUUAAUCUGUUUUUGGCUUAUUUUAGGUGUUGAACGCUGCAGCAGUGGGUCAAAUAAUAGAUUAACUGUUAAGACUGGAGGAUCUGUCACCGUCCCAUGUUAUUAUGACAGGAAAUACACACAUCAGAAGAAAUACUGGCAUUCAGAAAAUAAUAAGUCCAGUACAUACACAAACACAACAGAGGAGAAUCUGUCAGUAAUUGAUCAUCCUGAUCAGAGUCUCUUUACUGUGACUAUAAGAAACCUGCAGAGCACAAAACAUGAUGGAGACUAUUAUUGUGCUCUGAAGAUUGAAGGAAAAACGACUGUCAUAUAUGAUCUUUAUCUCCAGGUUCAAUCUGCUCCUGAUGUGUCUGUGGUGAACAGCAGUGUAUCUGGACAUGAAGGUGGUGACAUCAGUGUUCAGUGCUUCUACACGUUAAGAUAUAAGAAUAAACUCAAACAGUGGUGCAGAUAUAAAGAUAAGAGCUGUUACACAGUGGGGAGGACUUACACAUCCCAGAAUUCAUCAGUCCAGAUCAGUGAUGAUGGGAGAAGAUCCUUCACUGUGCUGAUGACUGGACUGAGACUCACUGAUUCUGGCUGGUUCUACUGUUCUGUAGGAGAGGCACUGAAUCCUGUUCAACUCACUGUAAUAAAGGCAGAACCAGACAAUGAGAAAGACACAUAUAAUGAACUCCUGACUGUGUGGCUUCCGGUUUCAGCUGUACUUCUGCUGUUAUUGAUUCUGAUCAGUGUUUUCAUCUGGAGAUUGAGACGGAGAAACAAGCAAGACAAACAGCAAAUCAGAGAGAUAAACAGCAGCAGAACCACUGACGUGAUCUACUCUAAACCUGAAGAUCCUCCGAUAUACAGCACUAUAAAUGAUGAAAACCCAAAUGAACCCAACAAGGACAUAAUCUACUACAGUACUAUUGAUGAUUUUCCUGGGAGUGAAGCGGUGAAGCCUCCAGAAGGAGCGAUAUACAGCAUAAUAUACAGCACUGUGGAUCCACACUGACUUCAACAGUGAGAAGAACUCAGAAACACACCUUCUGACCAAAAGAAACCAAAUCAACAGCAGAGGACUGUCAUCACAACUUUUUUGUAGUUUUUUGUAUUAGAUCUUAAUUUCUUCACCAAAAGUCUAUUUGUACAGUUGCAUGCUGUUUGCAUUAAUACAAACAGGCAUAUUUAAAAUGAAAUAAAAGUAUUUUGCAGUUG